GUGGUAAGGGCGAGCAGUGAGGGCGCACUUUUCAAAACUGUCAAAGUUCUCACUUCUUACUUCAAUUCUGCAGCUGUUGCCUGCCUCGCGUUGAAACUGAAAGGCAGACAAGAUGGCUUCAAGGGCAGUCACAGUAUGUUCUUGUCGGCCAUCAAGUUUAUCAAAGAUGCAGCAGUUAUCCUUGGCUGAUGUUCAGCUGGAUUCCUCCUUCAAUUUUAAGUACAUUGAGGGAAGAAUUGCUAAGAUGUGGCCCCUUCAUUCCGCCGGCAAGAACAAGUGGAUGAAGACGAUUCUUGAGGAGGGGGAGGAGCCGGCUGCCAACGAUGCCCCGCCCCCAAGUAGGAUUAUCGUCUUCCUCAUGGGAGCUUUUGCAGAGGAGUUCAUUCAGUUUUCUGUUGGGGAUAUGGUAAUUAUCAGUGAGGCGUUGAUUGAGAAGUCGCCGUCUUUCGUCAAAGACUCCAUCCAUCCAUGUAACAUCCUAGUUGAGAAGACACGAUCUAGACCGUCAGUCUGGCUUUUCUGUGUCUCAUCAAACAGGCGCUGGCGAUCAGGUUCCAGCUAGUAUCUUCCUGUAUCAGAACGUACAGCAGGCUGUUUCGUCUCCCACACUGAAUUAUGCAGGUGAGCAGAGUAAGAAUGAGACGGUCGGUAGUGCCGAGUGCGUGUUCUGGAAUUUCACUGUGACUGACGGGCGUGGCGAUUGGUCCACACAGGGACGCAGGCAUGAAUCGCUACCCGAUGGCAUCAUCAGGUGUCUGUGUGACCAUCUAACCAGCUUCGCUGUUAUUGUGGAAACUCCGUACCAAGCAUCCCCAGCAGAUCCUGAUCAGCCUGUGUGUUGCCUUGCUGGCUCUCUACCUCAUCUUCUUGCUGUGUAUUGAGGCCAUAUGGCUUCCAGGCCGGGUUGCAUCCUUGUGGCUGCUCUGAUCCACUACUUCAUUUUAACCUCCAUGGCCUGGAUGGCAGUAGAAGCCACCAACAUCUACCUUAUAAGUUAUAUCCUUGUCAAGUCCUGAACGCCAGCAUGCCUAGAAUUUUGCUCAAGGCAUUGAUCGCUAGCUGGGGUGAAUAUUCCUUUUCUGAUCAAUUUAGGAAUUUCAUCAUAAAGUCAAUCUGUGCAUGGCCCAACUCUUCUGGGUUUUUUUUUCAGGAUAUUUCCGGUAUUCUGGUAGUUGGAUACAAGUACAUGUACAAAAAAGUCAAUUUUAAAUUGGUUUUGAAAGGUAUCCAUCUAGAAGGGCCACCAUUUCAUUGGCAUGUACAACGAUGCCAAUUUGUGAAAAUGAAAAGAAAUAUGAUUUAUAAAGGUCUGUCACUGUAAUUCCAUUAAAUAAUGAAUGGAAAUGUACAUUAUUAAGCUACAAAAAUAAUUUUUAAUAUUUUUUAAUAUUUAUACUAUGCCAGGUUAUCAUCUUGAGGCCAACAGUCGAACCAAUAAAGUGGGGGGUGGUGUUGCCUUGUACAUAUCUUCUGAUCUCCAAUACAUCAUAAGGCCUGAUCUAUCCCGUUUAACUGAUUCCUUUGAGUCUAUUUUUAUCGAAAUUAAUAAUCAUAAGAAUAGGAAUAUUAUUGUAGUUGUUGUUUAUAAACAGCCUUCCGCUUCAUUUCAUGACUUUUUUAUUUCACUUCAGGAAAUUCAAACCUUACUUUCCAAUGGGAAUAAACCGUGCCUUAUCUCGGGAGAUUUUAACAUCAACCUCUUAAAUAGCGACCAUCACAAUCAAACUCAGGAAUUCAUGGAUUCAAUGUUUAGCCACUCUUUUAUUCCAUUAAUUAAUAAACCUACCAGAAUUACGACUACUUCUGCUACCCUUAUUGAUAAUAUAUUUUGUAAUAUCCCUCCUCCUCUUAGCUCAGGCAUUUUAGUUACCGAUAUUUCAGAUCAUUUUCCCAUUUUUACAAAACUUCCAUACAAUUUAAAUAUUCACCCCAUCCAUUCCAAAUAUUUUCGCAAAACCUCCCCCGAAAAUCUUUGUUGUUUUAAAUCUGAUUUGAAACCACCGACUGGUCUGCAAUUUUUAAUACAGAUAAUCCUGAUACAUCCUUUAACUUUUUUAUGAAUACUUUUAAUAAUCUGUAUGAUAAAAAUAUUCCUUUGGUUAAAGCGAAUCACACAAAUAAAAAGUACCAUUCUAGGUCUCCGUGGAUAACCCAAGCUUUAUUAAAAUCUACUAAUCAUAAAAACAAACUUUAUCAUAAAUAUAUUCGUUCUCCCGGUGACACUAACCGACAUAAAUAUAUCCGUUUCAGAAAUUUACUCGCAACUGUAUUACGUACUGCAAAAACAAAUUAUUUUUCCAACCAAUUUGAAAAGGAGAAGAACAACAUUAAGAACACGUGGACAAUUAUUAACUCUGUUCUCAAAAACAAUACUCCUCGAAAGACUUCUAGUAUUAAUGUUAACAACUUUAGUGUUAAAGAUCCUUAUUUAAUUUCAGAGCACUUUAACAAUUAUUUUGUCAAUGUUGGACCCAAACUUGCAACUCAAAAUCGCAAUUGUCCUACUCAUUAUCAAAAUUAUCUUCAUAAUCCAAAUCCUUUAUUUUUUUUUGCUCCUGUGACGGAACAAGAACUUCAUGCAAUCGUACAUAUUGAGCUUACCCAAUAAGAAAAGUUCUGGUCAUGAUUCUUUUAACAGCUUUACUAUCAAAGAUAUUAUUUCCAGUAUUUCUGGGCCGUUUACUUAUAUAAUGAAUCAGUCAAUUAUUACUGGCAUAGUUCCACAGUCUAUGAAAAUAGCCAGGAUCAUUCCUAUUUUCAAGAAAGGUGACCCCCACCUGAUGAGUAAUUAUAGACCCAUUUCUAUUUUAACUUCUUUUUCGAAAAUUCUUGAACGUAUUAUUUAUACUCGCACAUCUCAGUUUUUAAAGAAAAACAAUAUUAUAUCUGAUGUUCAAUAUGGGUUCAGAGAGAAUCACUCAACCUCACAUGCUAUCCUGCAACUACAGUCGAGUCUUGUUAAUACAAACUCCUUCGGACCUAGCCAAAUUGUUUGUUAUAUCAGAAUUUUGUAUUAAGAGGAACAUCAGUCCCAUUUAUUGUGCACAUAGAUGCACAGUCGGGACCAAGGCCUUAUGUUUGUUAUAACCAGAAUUUUGUAUUGACAGAGUUUGUACUAACGAGAGUCGACUGUAAUUGACAAAAUUACCACAGGACGCGGACAGUCUUGCCAUACUCUGGGAAUUUUCCUGGACCUCUACAAGGCAUUUGAUACUGUUGAUCAUGAAAUUCUCUUAUCGAAACUUAACUUUUAUGGAAUUAGAGGUAUUGCCUUGAAGUGGUUCAGGAAUUAUCUUACUAAUCGUCAACAGUUUGUUUGUAUUGAUGACAAGAAAUCUAACCUUAAAGAAUUAACGUGUGGAGUACCACAGGGGUCCCCACUGGCAUCUUUGUUGUUUUCUAUUUAUAUUAAUGAUUUUGAUAAAUUUUCUGAGAUUCUUUCCUUUAUACUUUUUGCUGAUGAUUCAAAUUUAUUUUAUUCCCAUAAAAACGUAGACAAUCUCAUUGAUAAAGUUAACCGGGAGCUCACUCAUGUUUCAAACUGGAUUAAAGCUAAUAAGUUGUCUAUUAAAGGGAAGAUACAACAUUUGCAAACAUCAAAAAAACAAAAUGAUCAAAUUAUCACGAAAUAUCUUUCUGGAUUGUUAGGGAAGGACAGUCUCAAGCAUCCUGUAAAG